UAUGCGCAUGCGCAGUGGUUAAUUUUUUCCUGAAAUUCAUUCACCUGCGCUUUUACCGCAGAAAAGUUGGUUUUGGAUCCUUUACUUCAGCCUGUAUUCUCCUGACAGGCUGUUGAGAAGUCCCUCCUUCCUCCGAGUCCCGGAGGAAACGCGUCCCCCUCGUGAGGGUUAGAGCAUGACGAGAUGAAUGGAGUGAAAGAGGAAGCAGAACAACGAGGAGAGGACAGUCAGCAGCUCCCUGCUCAGGGAGACAGCCAGACAGAAGAAGAAGAACAGUCAACAAAACAAAGCAGGAGUCGGUCAAGACGGCGCUGCCACAUCUGUCCGGUAUGCAGCCGCGCGUUCACUCGUCCGUAUCGGCUGGCGGCCCACAUGUGCACGCACUCUGGCGACAAGCCGCACAGCUGCUCCGUGUGCGGGAAGAGCUUCGCCGAGAAGAAGACCUUGACGGUGCACCAGCGAGUUCACACCGGUGAGAAGCCGCACUCCUGCACGGUCUGCGGCGCCAGCUUUGCUCAGCGGAGCUGCCUGCGGCGCCACAAGCUCGGCCACGCCGCGGAGAAACCCCACCGUUGCUCGGUGUGCGGCCGCGGCUUCAUCCAGCGGCGGCAUCUCGUGCAGCACGAACGGACGCACACCGGAGAGAGGCCGUUCGGCUGCCCGCUGUGCCCCAAGCGCUUCGCCUCCAGUUCGGGCCUUACCGAACACCAGAAGAGCCACGCCGAGACGAGCCCGCACUCCUGCCCGGUCUGCGAGAAGAACUUCUCCACGCCGGCGUCCCUCAGGGACCACGUGAGGCUCCACACCGGACAGAAGCCGCACCGCUGCUCGCUGUGCUUCAAGAGCUUCAACCGGCCGGGCCUGCUGAAGAAACACCUGCAGAAACAUGCAGCGGAACAAGCUCAAGCUGCAGCUGGAAAGGAGGAAGCGCCUCACCGCUGCUUCCUGUGCCGCCAGGACUUCUCCUCCGCCGAGAAGCUGCAGCAGCACCUGCAGCUCCACGAGAGGGGGCUGCCGUUUGUGUGCGACGUGUGCGACCGCAGUUUCAGCAAGGCGUCGCGGCUGAGGGAGCACGUCCGCACGCACACCGGCGAGAAGCCGUUCCAGUGCGACGUCUGCAAGAAACAGUUCUCGAGGCAGAGGGUGUUAACGAGGCACCUGGAGAUCCACAGCAGGGAGGGACGCAGUGUCUCUGCCGCCGCUGACGCUCCUGCCCCCGCCACUUCUCUCGCUGCCGCCGCCGCCGCUGGCUCUCCAACCGGCGCCACGCCUGACAACAGCAGCACGCUGUCAGACGCAGACAACAAGAAAGCAGAUGAGCCGCUCAAAGUCGGCAGUCCGAACGGGCUGCAGGUCGAGAACCGGAACGAUGAAGAGGAAGUGGUGCAUUCACUGACCGACGGUGGUCCCGGCGGAGUGAAGAAGCUCUACAUCUGCUCCGUCUGUGGGAAGAGCCUAUCGAGGCCGUACAGACUUAAAGAACACAUGAAGAUGCACACGGCGGAGGAGCUGCAGCGCUGCUCGGUGUGCGGGAAGUCCUUCUCCACCACGACCAACCUGAAGGCUCACGAGAAGACGCACCUGGCCAACAAGCCUCACCCCUGCAGCAUCUGCCCCCGGAGCUUCCUGUGGCCCAGCCAGCUCCGCAGACACAUGAGGGUCCACAUCCGGGACGGACUCGUCGCAGACCCCGCGGACAAGGAGUUGUGGUUCAACAUGAAGACUGAAGAAGAAGAAGAGGAUGAGGGGGAAGAACGGGAGGAAGGCUUGAGUGAGCAGGACUCAGAAGAGCUUUCUACCUUCGCUACGUCAGGCCCGCUAGCUGGUGACCGCGGCGACCAGGGCACGCCGCUGUUGAAGGAGGACGAGGACGAAGACGUCGGCGGUUUGAUAAACUCUGACGGAGAGGAAGAGGACUGGAGACCGGCGCUGAUCGAACAAAACGGGCGCUCUGAGAUCCAGGCCGACGGCGGCGGCGGCGGCGGCGGUGGCGACGGCGGCGGCGGCGGCGGCGGGAAAAGUAAGCACUGCUGCCCCGUGUGCGGCCGCGACUGCUUCAAGGCGUCGGCGCUGCAGAAACACCUGAGGAUCCACUCGGGCGAGCGCCCGUUCCAGUGUCCCGUCUGCCGGAAGAGCUUCAUCCAGCAGGCGCACAUGAGGGAGCACCAGAGGACCCACACGGGCGAGAAGCCCUACACCUGCGCCCAGUGCAACCGGAGCUUCGCCUUCUCCAGCGCGCUGCGGCGGCACCAGCGGCUGCACGCCGACGCCCGGCCGUACCAGUGCACCAUCUGCCAGAAGAGCUUCAAGCAGCAGAGCGUGCUCAAGUGCCACCAGCUGACGCACUCGGGCGUUCGAUUCCCGUGCCCGCUGUGCGGCAAGAGCUUCAGCCGCACCCUGGAGCUCACCUACCACAUGGACAGCAGGCACUCGAACGCCCGGCCGUACUUCUGCGACAUCUGCAAGAAGAACCUGAGCAAGCCCAGGACCUUCCGCAACCACAUGAAGCUACACGAGGCGUCGGAGGCGUCGGCCGCGCAGCGAGCGGCGCCGACGGACGGAGAGAUCCUUCAACUGAAUUAAUGUCUGUUUGAGACGUUCGAUGGUCGGUUUGGGUCCUUUUAUGAGAACACACACACACACACACACACACACACACACACA